AUGUUCGCCGUUCCAGGAUGGUCGCUGGAGAGCGCUGCUCUCAAGCAGCAGUCUCAACCAGCGCAAGCCAAGAACGAGUCCCAGCCCACCGACGAUAGCGCAACCCCUAAUGGCAAGAACAAGGACAAGAAGCGCAAGCGUGAGAAUGUUACCUCGGGCAAUGUCAACGAGAUGUACCGCAAGCACAUCGAGGGCCAGGCCGAAAAGCCAUGGAACAAGAAGAAGCAGGAGAAGCAGGCUGCUGCUGCCGCCGCCGCCGCCGCCGCCGCGGCUGCUGCUUCUACUGCUUCCCCCAAGGCGGACAAGGGGGAGGUGAAGAAUGGUGCCGCGGAUUCCGUUCAAGAAGAAGGCCAGGGGAAGAAGAAGAGACAAAGGAAGAACAAGAACAAGAAAGACAACGAUGCCGAGGAAAAGGCGGACGGCGCCGCACCUGCUCAACCAGCUGCCUCUGCUACCAGUUCACUUGCCGCCCCUCCUACGACGAACGCAACCCUCACUCCUCUCCAGCAGGCGAUGCGCCAAAAGCUGAUCUCCUCCCGAUUCCGCCAUCUGAACGAAACCCUGUACACAACCGACUCCUCCAAAGCUGUCGAGCUGUUCAACGCGAACCCCGAGCUUUUCGAUGAGUACCAUGCUGGUUUCUCUCGCCAGGUUAAGGAAUCAUGGCCUUCCAACCCCGUCGAUGGCUAUAUCCAGGCCGUCCGUCGUCGCGGUGCAGUCCCUGUGCCCAAACGUGGCAAGCCUGACCCCAACAAGCCUCAGCCUCUGCCCCGCAGACCCAACGGAGUCUGCAAUAUUGCUGAUCUGGGAUGUGGUGACGCCGCACUUGCUCGCAACCUGACCCCAUCCGCCAAGAAGCUCAACCUGAAGCUGAACAGCUACGACCUUCAGUCCCCUGAUCCUCUCAUCACCAAGGCCGACAUCUCCAAGCUUCCUGUCGAGGACGGUUCCAUGGACGUGUCCAUCUUCUGCCUGAGUCUGAUGGGUACCAACUGGGUCUCUUUCGUGGAGGAGGCAUGGCGCGUGCUCCGCAGUGACGGAAAAGGCGAGUGCUGGGUCAGUGAAGUGAAGAGCCGCUUCGGCAAAGUCACUCGCAAGAAGUCAAUGAUCGGCGCGCAAAAGCCGCUCAGCAAAACCCAGCAGAAGAAGCAGAAGAAGAGCAAAAAGGAUGAGGACGAGAUCGAUGAGGAGGAUAUCUUCGCUGAGGAUGCCCGUCCUGCCGCUGAUGAUGACGAGACCGAUAUCUCAGCGUUCGUGGAGGUCUUCCGGACUCGUGGGUUCGUAUUGCGUCCAGAGUCAGUAGACAAGUCCAAUAAGAUGUUUGUCAAGAUGGAGUUUGUGAAGCAGGGUGGUGCUCCUAUCAAGGGCAAGCAUGCUACUGGGUUGAGUGCACCGGUUACCGGUGGAAAGAAGCGAUUCGUUGACCGCAAGCCGGCGUCUGAUAAUGGGAUGACGGCUGAGCAGGAAGCUCAGGCGUUGAAGCCAUGUGUGUACAAGAUUCGGUAG